AAACGCUGCGUUUCAUUGUUACGGUGCUGCUUUUUUGUUGCUUUUAAACCUUAUUUUUCAUGUUUGAUCGCUCGUGGCUCUUUGCCCUCGAUGCCCUUUAUUUUUCUUUAUUUCAUUUUUUAAAAAUUAUUUCAUUUUUUUAUCUUUCUCCAGCCUCCCCUCCGCAGCAGUGCCGGUGCUGACGUGGAGCUGGAGAGGAAUGAUUCCCAAAAGGAAUUUUUGAAAUCCUGGCUCUGUCUCAUGCCAUGUUUUCCAGCAGCCCCUGUCCAGGUGCAGGGUUGGGGUCAUUUCACCCCCCGAUUUUCCAGCACGUUUCCAGGUGCGGGUGUUUCUCCCAGGCCCCUCUAUCCAGGUCUCUCCAGAGGCUUUGGAGGCGCCUGGGACUCGUGCUGGGCUCUGGCAGAGCUGGCAGAUCCCAGUUUGCCGCUGGGGAGGAGGCUGUGCCAGCCGGCUACGCCCCGGCUGCCGCUUCCAGUGGGACAGGUGAACGUGAGAGGUUAUCAGCAAUCCCAGAAUUCCAGGAUCAUGGAAUGGGUUGGGUUGGGUUGGGAGGGACCUUAAGGCCCAUCCAGUUCCAGCCGUGCUGAGGGCAGCGAUGCCAGAUCGAUACAGAGGCAAAGCAACCCAGACCUGAGGAAUAAAAAUAAACCUGGAGUUGUGGGUUUGCUAUGGGGCUGCAGGAGCAGAGAGCAUCGUUUGGAUGUAUUUUUAAUUUGGGAUCUCUGGCAAAACAGCUCGGGAAGGUUUCCUGGCCUCCUGUCAGUCAGAGCUCAGCCUGAGGCAUUACAGCUUGGGAGCACAUUAGGAUUUUAUUGUAUUUAAUUUCUCUACCCUCACCUCUGCAAAAGAAACACGAUUAUAAUUGUUUUAUUUGUCCUGUUCCUGACAGCAAUCCAGGGUCAAAUUUCAAACCCACCUCUCUGCUUCCAGGAUAAUCUGAUCAGGGGGUUCACAGUGGCUGUUUUUAAGGCGAUUCUCUCUCGUUGGACAGAUUAUUUUAAAAACAACUGAAAUCUUCUAUAAAAAAAGCCAGGAUAGCAACUGAAGUGAUUUUUCCUGGACGUGUGCGUAGGGAGGGCUGUGUCCUGGUUUGGCCUCCCUCAGGAUGCUCUUUGGAGCCUGGCAUGAGGGGUGGGAAAGCUGAGAGGAGGUUUGGGAGGUGCUAGCUCUCACUUUAAGGUAGCCAAACUUGAUCACCCUGGAGAUAAAAAAUCUGGGGAGGUGCAGGGCUUGGAGCGAGGAGGUGCAGGGCUCAGAUCUGCCUGUCCCCAGGGAUUCUUUCCCAUGGAGAUGUGUGGUUCCCCCACUCUGGCAAACUGGUAAGUUUAAGCGACAUUUUGGUGCCUGGAGUUUGGAAGUGGAGGGAGAGCUUGGAGCUCCAGCUGGUGAUGGAGCCCCAAGACUGCGGUGCCUUCAGCUCUGCCCCUUCCGCUGCCGUGUCCUCACCUGUGUCCUCUCCCUGUGCCUCAGGUCGGCGAUGUGUCCAUCCCUGCUCCCGGAGCUCCGCGCUCCCGAAGCUGCCGCUUCGAGCUAGAUCCAAGCCCGCCCCGCUGCCAUGGAAACGGGCAGCCCGGAGGAGCGGGACGGAGGGGACCAGCGGCGGCAGGAGGGUGGGGACGCCCCUCCCGACAGCGCCAACGGCUCCGUGGUGGCAGCGGAGCCGCAGCAGCCGCCCCCCGGCAAGCUGAGGAAAACGGCCUUCAAGCUGUUCGGGGGCAAGCGCAGCAUCUGCACCCUGCCCAGCUUCUUCAGCGGCCGCAGCAAGAAGGGGCUCAGCAAGUGCAAGACCCACGACGGGCUGAGCAGUGCUGCCUGUGACAAGGCACAGCCGGACAGCCCCUCGGAGGGCAGCAGGGAUGGGCAGCACGGCCCCCUGCCCAGCUCCCGCAGCGCCCAGCUGGCCGCGGACACCGGCACCAGGGCGGAUGUGGGCCAGCAGGACAGCUCUCCCCCCGGGAGUAUCGAGGGCUGUGACAAAAAGCCCAACGGGGAGAAAUCUUUCCCCAGACCCAAAAAAGGGCUGAAAGGGUUUUUUAACAGCAUCCGGCGCCACCGGAAGAGCAAGGCUGCCGAGAGUGAGAAGACAGAGCUCCCCGAGUGGAACGGGGACACGGAGGAGACCGGGAAUGCUCCUGGAAUGGGAGUGGAGAGCCGAGGGGCCAUGGAGGGCAGGGGAGCAGGGCCGGCCCCUGAGGCCACGGCCUGCCCGGGGGGCGUGGGGGCUGACUCCAGCUGUGGUGAAGCCACUGAGCCCACAGGCCCCGCAGCCGAUGGAGGCAGCUCCGAGGGUGACGCGAUGGCCGUGCCUGGGAACGGGGACGUUCCAGAUACAAAAUCAGAGGCCGAGGCUGCCGCCUGCGCCGAGUUCGACCGUGAGAGUUUGCUGCUGGCCUUCCACCCUGACUUCAUGGACAGCGAGCCUCCCUGCCUGCACUCUGGGGACCUGCUGAGCCUCAUGCUGGGGGACGUCACCUCCCUGAAGAGCUUCGACUCCCUGACGGGGUGCGGGGACGACAUCGCCGAGCCCGACAUCGCCGAGAGCAGCAUCUCGGUGGAGCGCAGCCGCGACGCCACCAAACGCAGCUCCUGCCUCGUCACCUACCAGGGCGGCGGCGAGGAGAUGGCCAUCCCUGAAGAGGCUGAGGAGUACCUGCAGCAGGUGUGGGACAGCAGCAUGCCUGGGGACAGGAGCUACGGGGCCCAGGUGUCCAGCAGCAGCCUGGAGACGCACGCCUCUCACGAUGCUGAUGCCCACCCCUACAUGGGGGAUGCCAUGGAUGGCGUUGACCUCCUGACUCCCCAGAGUGACCAGCAGGAGUCUGCCCCGAACAGUGACGAGGGGUAUUACGACUCCACCACGCCAGGGCCGGAGGAUGAGGCUGGAGAGGAGCUCAAGAAGGACCGACUGCCCCGGGACAGCUACAGCGGCGAUGCACUUUACGAGUUUGACGCCCUGAUGAGCCCCUCUCACGGGGAGGAAUCCCUGUUUGAGGGCAAAAUCCCACGCCAGGGCAUCUUCAGCUACUUCAUGGACUUCUGCCUCCCUGCAGAGAAAAGCCUGAUCCAGCAGAUGAUGGAUCAGAAAAGAGGGCUGAUGGAAGCUGAAGAAGAGGGGCUUGCAGCCAUUCAGAAGGAGCUGCUGUACUGGGAGCUGCAGAGGGAGCCGGUCCUGAAACGCCUGGAAGUUUCCAGCAAGGAGAAGUGUCCCCGGGAAAAGCAGUGCAUUGAAUGUAAAACCAGAGCAGCCAGCUCCAUUGGCAAGAGUCAGAGUGGCCUUGGGAAUGAGCAGGUGGCCACACACAGCCCGAGCCGGGCUGUCAAUGGUGGGGUUGCAGUGGCCAGGGCUGAAAACCCAGAGUGGAGGGAUUUUCCAGGGACUCUGUGUCCAGAAAACUGUUACAACAGCCAAAAAGCCCCCGGAAGUUGCCUUAUUCAGCUGACAAAGAACAAGCCGGGGUUCGAUGCAGACCUGGACUGUGGGAUGUUUGGCAGUGUGGCCCCAGCCAAGGCAGGGAUGUUCCCUGGGUUCAGGCUCCCGGAGCAGGAGCGCGGCGGCGGAGCAGAGCCCACGCCCGAUGAGCCCCAGGCGGGCAGCGAGCCCGAGCACGCCGUGAGCUUCUCUCAGGCUCUGGUGGAGUUCGCCAGCAGCGGGACCCUCUUCUCCAGCCUGUCCGAGAGCCUGGGGAGCUCGGCCUCCAGCUCGUCCUUCACCCAGAACCUCCCCGCCCUCCCCACCAUGGUCACCUUCGACGUGGUGGACGUGGAGCAGGACGGGGAAGGGGAGUGCGAGCAGCACCCGGAGCUGACCGCGGGCGAGGACAUUGCCGAGGCCUUCGAUGAUGGCUACGGACAGAAAGAGUCAUUGGCUGAAUGUGACGAGAGAAUGUCCCCGGGCUCCUUCCAGAGCUGCAACUGGGGGGUGGCCAGCCUGCCCCGCCACCUGCGCCUGCACGGCCUCAGCCCCUCCAUGCCCGCGCCGCUCUCCGUGGACCGCAGGAGCCGCUCGCUGGACACGGAGAGCCUGGAGUUCGAGCUGGCCGAGCCGCAGGGCGCCCGGAGCGGCCCCCAGCCCUGCCGGCUCUGGGCCAGGCGUGAAGCUGGCAGGAAGGACUCUGCUGGAGCCAGGAGGAGCAGGAGCAAGGAGGACGGCGAGCUGGUGGCUCCUGAGGGUGGCUUGAGCUGGCCGGGCCUGCGGCACCUCCAGCACGGCACCGAGGCGGCUCCCGGCGGGAUGGAGCUGUGGGGCUUCGCUCCGGCCGGCGCCGUGGAGAGCGUCUGGGAGCCAUCAGAGCCACCAGGCACCGUGUCCCCUUUCCUGCCUCUCUCCCGGGGUGGCAUCGGGGAGGCUCCGGAGAGGCGGCCCCAAGAGCCAGAGCUGAGCAGGCACCCGCUCCGGCCCUCCAACCUCCCCCUGCAGCCCGAGGCGAGGCGGGCGCUGGAGGCGGGCGGCUCCUACCGCUACCACGGGGACGUCCCCAAGCUGUCCCGCUUGGUACCCCUGGGAGAGGCGGAGCUGCCCCCGAGCUUUGGCUUCGCCUGCUCCCCGGAGCACCGCGCCAGGGCCAAACCCGUGGGCAUCGCCCAGGGCGUGCCGCAGCAUCCCGGGGACGGCGGCGGGGGCACCGAGAGCCCGGAGCGCUGCGCUGAGCCCCUCAAGGGCAGGGCCACCCCGGGGCACGGCGGCUGCCGUGGCACCGUGUGCAGUGUCACCAACGCUGAGUAGCUGCAGGAAUGUCACCGUGUCACCGUGUCACCAAGCCAAGGGGUUGCAGGAAUGUCACCGUGUCACUGAGGCUGAGUAUCUACAGGAAUGUCACCGUGUCACCCGGUUGAGGGGCUGCAGGAAUGUCACCAUGUCACCGAGGCUGAGUGUCUGCAGGAAUGUCACCGUGCCCCCAAGCCGAGGGGCUGCAGGAAUGUCACCGUGUCACCAUGCUGCUCUGGGCAGGGCUGAAAGGGAGGCAGAAGGAGAGAGAGAAAACUGGGAGCAAUUUGGGGGGAACUUGAGUUUGAGCUGGGCUGAUGCUCCUCUCCUGAAGCCAUCUGUGGCCUUGCCCCUGUGGAUGCUCCAGAGGGGUUUGGAGCUGCCUCCAGGCCACUGAGGCACCUUGUGCUUUUCCAGCCCUCUCCAGCACCAAGUGCAGCAGCAGCCCCUGGCAGAAGCUGGGGGUGGAGCCGUUGCUGCUGAGGCAGGUUGGGGUUUGUGCAGGGCUGGGGGAACAGGAGAGACUUGUGAGGGAAAUGGGGAUGUUUUCCUCUUCUGGGUGAAAUGUUUUGGUUCAGACUCACUUUGAAUGUCUUCCACCCCGGGCCCAGCGUGGGGAGCUGGGAGGAAGGGUGCUGCUUGUUCCAGAGCAAGGACGGGGCGAAGCAGCUGGAAAGGGCAACUUUGCAGCAACAUUUUUAUUUAUUUGAUUUGUCCUUGCCCCAAAAGGAAAGCUUUUGUGUGUGUGCUGAUAACAUUCUCCAGGUCUAGUUUCAUUUUGCUCAGAGAGAUGUGCUGUCCAUGGUGUCCCUUUGAAGAACAAAGUGUUGGUCCCUUCUUUGUUGUGGUCUGUCUUCACGGUGCAGAAUUCCUGGUGGAAACCUUUCCCGUGCUUUGUCCCGGGCUCCUGGCUUCUCCUGGGCCAUGGGGACAGGGAUGAGGCCUUUGAAAUAAGCUAAAUUUGCAUCGUGCCUGUAGCUGUGAAGUGGCAGAUGCUGUUACUUUCUCAAAAGGAAGCUUUGUGGCUUUUUAAUUUAAUUUUAUUAUUUGAUGGUUGUUUUCUUUGCAUAAACCCACAGGAGGAAAGUUUUGUGUUCCUUGGAAUUUGGGAUGGACCGCAGCUAUGUUGGGUUUCACUCCUCCUGACUGGAGGGAACAAAAAAGGUGGAAGCUGUUGGAGGUUUGGGAUUUUUUUCCUCUUUGAAGGAACAUUGAGGACAGACACUGAGGGGACAGAAUUUGGGGGGGUUCUGUGAGCUCCUAUUGCAGGCAGGUCCCCUCCAUGAUCCCAAACCCCCUCAGCUCUGAUCCAAACCCCCAGUCCAUGACACAAAGCUGCUUCCCUGUCCUGUCCCAAGCUCUGUGUUCUGAUUUCAUUCCAUUACCACUGAUUUUUGUUUCCUCCCCCACCUCACUGCCCCUUCUCUAUUUUUCUUUGCAGCAGAGUUUGUAGCAUUCAAAAAAAAUAAUCCCAAAGUGGAAGUACCGGAGUUUUACCACAUUUGUGGAGUGAGGGAUGGCUCUGCCUGGGCCAGACUCGAUUUCCCUGCUGAGUCCUGCCCUGCUGGGUCACCCUCCUGCUGCUCUCCUGCUCCACAUGGAUGUGGCUGCUCCCUGCCAUCCCUGGAUUUCCAGGCACAAGGAACUGGUUUGGGUUUGAUGGGGUUUUUCCCCCCCCUCAAGCAAAAUGAGGUCUUGAUAUUCCUUUUGAGAAGAGAUUCCUUCUGCCCUGUCCUUGGAUAUCUGGGAAGGAGCAGGGAGAGGCAGGGCCAGGCUUGGUUCAGCCUCUGUGAGUGAUGUGAUUUUCCUGCCGAGGCAGAGCAGAUCCAUCCGUGCAUCCACGGGCUCAAACCUGAAUUUUUCCUUAUUUUCCUGCCAGCCCUGCUGCAGGGAGUUCCACAGGAACCUGUUGUGCCACGGUUCUUUUCCCUCAUCCCUCUGGGACACCAGAGAGGAUUUCCUGGGACACUCCUGGUGCCACUGCCACACCUGCUGAGCCAGGGGAAGGUGCCCUCGCUGGGAAGUUGUCUCCCCUCAUUAGCACAGCUGCUAAUGAACACUGAAUAUUCCUUCCCUGGAGCAAGGACAGGGGCAGCUCUGUGCCCAUCUCACCCCACUCCCAGCACACAAACCACGGGCACACCCUGCUGGGGACACCACAGGGACAUUGUCACCCCCUCACGCCCCUGGCUGGGUUUAAUCCCUCUUUUGUUUCCUUUCAGCGUCUCACCAAAGGCAUCUCUGGGGGGUUCCAGGCUCUGGAGCUUUGUUCAGCCAAAGUCCUGCUGAGGGCUGGGAAUGUCUCUGUGCUAAAUGAAUGUUCCAAGGUGUCUGUAGGCUCCUGGGCUUGGCUGUAGGUACGAGGUGGGGAGGUGCAGUGGGAGCAGUACAGCCCAGGCUUGAUAAUCUGACUUUAUACCAAAGGUUUCUCCUCUUAAUUCGACGGGAAUUCAAUGAUGAGGCAAAUAUCUCUGGAAUUCAAAUGAGUUUCCUUACGCAGUUUAGUCACUAAUUGGCUGGAUUAUUGGCAGAUUCUGCCCCAUUAACCCAAAGAAAUUGGAAUUUCCAGUGCAGUAAUUCAGCCUGUAAAGGGUCACUGCGGUAGGGAUUGGAUUUCACUGCCUGCUGAGCCACUCUUCCCAAAAAACCCCACUCAGGAUCCAUGGGAACAAACCUGAGCUGGAGCUGGAUCAAUCCAACACUGCCUUACCCGAGGAGUUCACGUUUGGGGGUGGCCACUGAGGCUUCUUAUGCAAAAAGGGCUUCCCAACCAGAAACCAGUUGGAAAAGUCAGGAAUAGCUGAAUGUCCUGCCAAGAUAUUUGGGAAAAACUCGAGGGAUUUGCCUGUCCCUUGCAGGGAAGGCCUUUCCUGAAGUGAGGGAUUGGGGCUGUAGAGCUGUGAUGGAAUCACUGCCCUUGGGAUCAGCCUACCAGGAGGUUCUGUGUUGCAUUCUGGGGACUUGGGGGUUUUCUUUCGUUUGUUUGUUUUUAUACACAUAAGAAAACGGUUGGUUUUCUCUAUUUUUGUAUAGUUUUGCAUUUUAUAAUCAUGGGGAAAUUUUACAGACUGUUCUUUUACUCGUGUGUCUCGUCUUUCCAAGUGCUGUGGAUUGCUUUUCCCAUGGAGUAAAGGCCAUUCCUGCUGCUGCCGUGCCUGGAUCCCACCCUGCUCCCUGGGAAUGUGCUGGGGCCUCUUCCCAGCCCCUCACCAACACGCUCUGCACACACCUGAGACAUCCUUAACCCUCCUCUGUCACACUCAGCUGUCCCUUCUUUGCUUUUCAGUGCUGUUUUUAAUCUAAAUUGGUGGAUUUUGGUGAUUUCUCCUUCCAAGUGUUGUAAAAAGCCCACAGGUUUCAUCUGAGGCUUUCCCUGCUGCCUGCUGAUGUUAUUUUAUCUGAAAUUGGGGCUUUUCUUCAAUCCCUGUGCAGGAGAUGCUGUUGGUUGGUGCAUGGAAAUGCUCUUGGGCAGGUUUCCUCUCCCCGUGGUGCUCCCUGGCCAGGCUGGGAGCUGGGAUUUCGCCCUGGUGCCUGAGGAUUGCUCCUUAAAUAAUCCUGGGAUUAGCGGGACUCCCCACCUCCUCCUCCUCCUCCAGGGAGCUCCAGCCCUGUGCUCUGCAUCUCUAAAACAUCUCCCUGGAUUGACACUGCCUUCAACUUUGGGAUCAGAGGAGAGGAGAGUUUCUGGAAUGUUAAAAUCCAGCCCAAAGCAGAUUUUCCCUCCUUUUUUUUUUCCCCAGCAGAGGUGUCACUGAUUUGGCUCUGCAUAGAUUUUUUAUUUUUGUCUUCUGAUUAAUAACUUGUCACCUAAUGGUGCUUUUAAAAGUUUUUCUGGAUUUGGUUUGCCCCAUUCCCCACAGGAAUGGACGGGAAGGUUUCUCAUCAAACAUUCCUGGGGGACUCAGAGCCACCUUCCACAUUCCCUCUGCCCUGGAAUUCUGGGCUCCCUCCUCUCCAGCUGGCUCCUCCUGCUCUUCUCACCCACAUUGAGUCACCCCAAAGCUCCAUUUGGGUGAAGUGAGAAUCUGAAAUCCCAAAAAGCCUCUCAGUUUUAGGGAAAUAAGGAAUUAACCUUUGUCCUUGGCUGCCCCAUCCUGCUGCCAGGCUGGCAGCUCCUCCCAGGUGACCAACCUGGCUGAAUUUGGGGUUUUUUUAUUUUGGUUUUGUUUCCUUCCUGGUCUCAUUGCUACUAGUCCUUUCAAGUUUUUAAUGUAUUGAUUGUGUUUUAAAAUGAAUGUUCCUUUCACUGAAUUCUAAUGAAUAAACUGCAGAUUUUUAGAGAACAUUGGA